AUGCUGUCCGGCAGCCUGGCCGUGGGCUCGUACGGCGCUGCGCUGCCGGGUUCCUUCGGGGGCACGGGCGGGGCGCUGGGCGGAAGUGUCGGCGCGUCGUGGGUGCCCUCAUCAGAUUACUCCGGACGCCGCGACACCCUUGGCGUCGGUUCCCACUUCGACCUGAGCAGCCUGGGCGGCAGUGUGCACGGCGGCAGCGCGCACGGCGGCAGCGCGCAUGGCGGCAGCACGCAUGGCUGUGCGGCUGCGGUGAUUUUACAUGGCCGCAGCCUUGGCACAUUCCCCAGCACCGUGGAGGCACUCCAAGCGUCCCUGGACUCUUCGGCUGGCCACCACGCCGCCUCCGUCGAGGAGCUGCUCAGCUUCAUAUCCGCAGCGGCCCCCGGCCAGCCCGUCACGGCCGUGGUGGCGCCGUCGCUGCAGCAGCUGGACAGCAGUGCCCUGGCGGCGCUGCUGAAGGAGCUCGGGCGCCAAGCGCGCUCAUGA